UCAUACGCUUGCUAAGAUUUUCUGAAAGGGACAUCAGCACAAUUACAUUUUUCAAUGUAAUUUUGCUGGGAACAAAUUGGCCUCAAACAAAUGCACUACAUUAGACAACAGUGCAUUCAACAAUCUUAGAAAGAAAGUCAGAGAAGCAUAAUUAAAAAAUCUAAAAGGAAAACACUUGCAACGAUAGCAUUCGUGAAACUGCGUUCGUCCUCCGAACUCGCGCGUUCCAGAUGUGCGUGUUUUCGCUACACCCACUCGCACGGAGGCGCGCACGCAGCAGCGUCUAUAGACGCUGAAGCAGAGCGGAGCACAAGAGUAAAACAUGGCGAACUCGAAUAAUCCGCGCAAAUUCAGCGAGAAGAUCGCGCUGCACAACCAGAAGCAAGCGGAGGAGACAGCUGCGUUCGAGGAGGUGAUGAAAGACCUGAGUAUUACCCGGGCGGCCCGCUUACAGUUACAGAAGACACAGUAUUUACAGCUUGGUCAGAACCGAGGUCAGUACUACGGUGGCUCUUUGCCAAAUGUCAAUCAGAUUGGAAACAACUCCAUUGACCUUCCCUUUCAGACUCCUUUUCAGAAUUCCGGGUUGGACACAAGUAGAAUGACUCGUCACCAUGGGUUGGUGGACAGGGUGUAUCGAGACAGGAAUCGCAUCACAUCCCCACACCGCAGACCCCUCUCUGUGGACAAACACGGACGUCAGAUUGAUAGCUGCCCAUAUGCUUCGGUGUAUCUGUCACCACCACCUGACACCAGCUGGAGGAGGACCAACUCAGACUCUGCCCUGCACCAGUGCACUUUGAACCCAACCCCACAAGAUGGGUUUGCAGGAGGUUCUCAAGAUUUGCAGCCAAAACAAGUUCUUUUUCUCACUAUGCCAGGAACAGGGGAACCAGAGAGUGACUUGGACAAAGAGGGUCAAAAACAGAUAUGGGAUCAUAAAAAGAAUACAUCAUCAAGGCCCAAAUCAAACAAAAUACCUGGAAUUAACAUAUUUCCAUCUCCAGAUCAGGAAAUGACUGCAUCUCUAAUCCCAGCGGCGCACAACACGGGCGGCUCCCUGCCAGACCUAACCAACAUCCAGAUCCCCCCACCUCUCCCCACACCUCUGGACCCUGACGACUCCUCCUCCACUCUCAGUGCCUCCAACAGCACUGGCAACCUGGCCAACGCUCACAUGGGCCUCACUUCUGCCAGCCAAGCCCGGCCCACGGUGACGGUGAGCAUUCAGCGCCGACACGAGAAUGUGGUUCCUCUUAUUCUCAACACAGACUCCCAGCUGCAUCAGAGUCUCCAGCAGCUUUCUCCCACCCUCUCUCCUCCACUGUCUCUAGCUCAGGCGGUGACGAUAGACACCAUGACGCUGGAGCAGCAGUUAGCUCAGUAUGCUUUCUUCAGUCAGCCGUCCACACAGAUGGGAGUCAGUGGACUUCCUCAGCUCCAACAGAACACUCAACUGCCACCUGCCUCAGUCAGCCAGACACAGACCUCUGGGGACAUUGACAUUAAUACGGCUUCUUCCCUCCAGCAGUACCGCUGUAGGGUGGGGUCUUCGGCCAAUCAGUCUCCGACUUCUCCGGUCUCCAAUCAAGGCUUCUCUCCGGGGGGCUCGCCUCAACACUCCUCCAUUCUGGGAAGUGUCUUUGGUGAUGCGUUUUAUGACCAGCAGCUGUCUCCCCGGCAGACCAGCGCUUUGUCUCAGCAGCUGGAGCAGUUUAACAUGAUUGAGAAUCCCAUCAGCUCAAACAGUCUUUACACAGAGGGAUCCACUCUAAACUACUCGCAAGCCGCAAUGCUCAACCUGACCGGUAGCCACGGCAACCUGCAGGACGCGCAGCAGCUAGGCUAUAGCAGCCAUGGGAACAUCCCCAACAUCAUUCUCACAGGUGACAUGAGCUUUGACGGAGACUCCCAGUUCCCCUUGGAUGAGCUGAAAAUCGACCCACUAACGCUGGACGGCCUGCACAUGCUCAACGAUCCCGACAUGGUUCUUGCAGACUCCGCCACAGAAGACGCUUUCCGAAUGGACAGGCUGUAAUCUUUUAGGUAUAUGAUAUUCAUUUGUCCUUUUUUUAGAUCGGUAUCAAGUUUUCACAGCGUGUCCUAACCGAUUCUCAAAGCCCACCUUUAAGGAAGGUGUGUGGUGGCUGUGAUGACUGAGCAUGUUCUCAUAGAAAAACUCUAAAAGUCUAAACUAAUGAAUCAACCUUUCAAAGACGCAGCCCAUAAUUUCUUAGGAUUAUUCUGACACCUUUAACACUACAUGACUGAAUAAAUCUGUAUUCUCCCUCGAUUCCCUUCCAUAUGUCCUUCCGUUUUUAUUUUCUGUAGAAGUCCUUUCUACUCCCCUCCAGUGUCAUUCAUAUAUUUGCAGCUCACCUUUUACAAACUUGUGUUACAUGCCACUUUGUUUUGACUACAGAUAUUUAUUUAUGCACUUUUAUACUUGCAUAUGCCACCACAUUGUUUGCCAUGGGUUGCUUUUAUUAUUUAUAUUCUUAAACAAGUGUUGUGUGACACCAAGAAUGGUUAGAAAGGAGUGUUAAUCCUCCCCGUUUUAAGGGCAGUACUGAUGUCCUCAUGCAUGAAACACAUUUUACACAUGAACACUAAUGUACUCAAGGACAGCUAUGUUUCUUCAGUGUGGUCGGAGUAUAUGAUUGUAAUCUGUCAUAAAUGUCUAGUUUUGUCACACUGUAAUGAGAUAAUGGUUCAAGUUCAAAUGAAUCUGGUUGAAAAAAAAUCUUUAUAUCACACAUGCUUAAUAUGGUACACAAUUAGAUGUGCAAAAUAUGCACAUGCUUACACACCAUUGCACUAAUUAAAAAAUUAAGCAGAUCAACUGCCUCUCAAUCAAACAUUUCAUUUUGGACCUCUGUGUAGUCUGCAUGUAACUGUAAGCACAGUCAUGUUUACUAUCAUUGCAGUGAACCUGAUACAAUCAAAAUAAUGCUGGCAUUACUUACAGAUUACGUUUGCUACGAAAGAAACACGAAGACACAGUACAUCAUUAUGAUGUUCGUUUGCAUACAUGUAUCAAAACUAGUCACUGUGAUAACCAGAUUCUGCCUUACACUGAGAAGAUUCAGUAUUUUGUCAGUUCCGUUCUGUGAAGAUUCUCUUGUAUUUUGUUAGUGAAAUGUGGUACUGUAAAUUUAGCUGUAAUUUAUUGUGACUUUGGUGCACUGCGCUCAUUUGUCUUUUGGUUCUCGUGACAUCAUAUGCCCAAAGGGGGAGGUUUAGUACUCUUUAAGUAUUACUUUUUGUUUGUUUAUUUGAAAAUCCUAUCAUGUUUGUGUUUUCUUUAGUUCUCGAUUUUUAUACUCUUACCACUUUUAUAAGUGUAAGGAUUUUGUUUACAAAACCUUUAAAAAGAACAUUAAUACAAUGUUUAAAGUAAAUAAUGCUAAAUAUAAAAGUAUAUAUGUUUAAGAAAUUUUGUUUCUCUAGUCUACAUAUAAAGGGAUAACCAGAUUUGGAAAAACCCUAAAUCUAUGCAAAGUAUAAUCAAAUGUUCUAACACACAAAAACUACUAAAGAAUAGCUCAAACAGAAGUAUUGCUUUUACAGCAUCUAAAGAUUCUGAGUCAGUGCAGCUGAAUUUUAUGGAUGCAUGGAUUGCUUUAUUUUCAGCAAAGUGGACAAAAGAGCAGCGGAAAAUGCAUGAAAAAUGCUUUUAGAUCUCCACUUUGUAAGGGGUUCAUCCCAUGAUUGCACCAUGUAAAUUUGUAACCUGUGUACAAACUUAAAGCAUGACCGACAUGUGCUUUGUCACAGACAAUUGUAUUCAUGAGGAUCAUGCUGUGUAUGUUAAAAAUGUAAAAUACUUGAGGGGAAGGAUGUGUCAGGUAAACAGUUACUGUUAUAUUCCUUUACUUGACUGCCUAAUGGAAAGUUCCAGAAUGUAUUUCAUCACAUUUUAUGUAGGACCAAACAUAUUAUGAGCUAGCAUUAUUUUGUUACUGUGACGUGAACUUUUCCAUGUGCAUCAGUGUGACGCCUUCAUUUCACUUCGCAUUGUACAGAGGCUCAUAGCUGAUCACCAUCGCAAGUAUUGGUGAUUUGUAAGCUGUUCACUCUUAGCUUUCUUUGACAUUUUUUCACAUCUGUAUCUGUGUAGUCAGCGUUUAUGUGAACUUCUAACGAGAGUAGAUCACUUCUUACAUUUACUUGGCACUUUAAUCAGUACUCGGUCUCUUUUGCGUACUUUUUACACCCCUCUGAGUGACUGUUAAGUGCACUGGGUCUAUUUCCCCCUAUGUUUGGCCGACUUUGCCUUCUACUAUAAGACAAGUAUUUUUGAAAACGUGAAAAGUGUCUGUUGUGUAUUAUGAUUUUAUACUUGGUCAAUGCUAAAAAAAACUUUAUGUAGUUUUAGGAAAGUAUGAAAGUGCCCCGAUAUUAACAAAAUGCAUUAAAGAAGGAAGGUAAUUUUUCUGUAUCUCAAUUCACCAUCUUUGUAAAGCUUUCAUCUGUGGAUUAAAGUGUAUCAUUACCAUGAAUUGAAGCAACCCAGUACUGGCCAAAAAAAGGAGAGCAUGAAGAAAAAAAGGUCUUUCAUCAUUGAAACUUAUUGAGUAACUAAUGUAUACACAGCCUUCAUGUACAUAAAUGCUACACUAAUACUAUAUUUUAAAAUCUAAGAUUAGAGCGUAAAAUAUAAUGAAUAUUUAAUAUAUAUAUAUAUAAACAAAACAAACAAUAUGGAACUAUGUUUUUACAUUUUAAAAUGCUUGAAGUGGACUCUAUACUGUCCCUUUGUUCAAGGGUUUCUAACUUUCCUCUAACUCAUGGUUUAAAUAAACAUCUGUGUCCAUUAUCAAGUGACAUCACACUUCUAGCCAAAUUUUAAGAAUCCCUGCUGCAGAUUUACAUGCAGUAUUGCUUUCUAUACACUGAACUUUGUUAAAGCUUUGUGAAAUAUUAUCCUCUUUUGUCUUUGUUUUGUAGUGUUUGCAGUAGAUCUAUUAGUUUCUGGCAGAUGUUGUUUUGUUUUGUUUUGUUUUUCUUAUGUAUGUGCAUAUGGAAUUUGAUGUUCAAGUACUGUCUCAUGCUCAAGGUCUGUUGGCUGCAAUGUAGAUCUGUGGUUUCUUUGCUAUGGUUGCUUUAUCUGCUCAGUUCUUAGAUUUACAAAUGUAUUUUUCCUGUAAGGCAGUUUACUACAGGUUUAAUUAAAAAUAUUGUCACAAGUAUCUACAUAAUGCAGGUAAAAACCAGAAUACGUUGUUUACCAGAAUACCUGGAUAUAAACUGAAGUAUACAGAGUAUUAUAAAAAGGUUUUCUUUUGUACUUGAUAUCUUUCAUGGGAAAUACAAAGUGUUGAAGUUGUUUUCCCAUACAUUGAUAAAGUAUUGUCUAUUUUCCCCCAAUAGCAGAUAUGGUGUUUUUAAUGGUUAUAUAUUUUAUGCAUCAAUGAGUGUGCCAAUAGUUUUUUUUUUUCAAAAUAACCCUAUACAAAAUAACUAGUUUCAACAACUUUUUUCUUUCUACUUUUCAAAAGUACUUUUAAUCAGUCAUUUCAAUUAAUCAUUUCAAUCAUUUGCCAAAAUGCCCUGUUCAUAAGACCAGAAAAUAACUUGUGCAUAAAGUGUGCAUGUAUACGUUACCUGAAUUCGUUCUGUUUUAUCAACAAAGCCAUUGGAAAAAGCCAAAAACGGUUACUUUUACCCUUUAAUUAUUCUGUUCAAUUAUUUUAAUUUAAUUAUGCUCAGAGUAACUGUAGGUGCUUUUGCCUCAUAUGGAUAUUAUUUUUACACUUAAAUUAGGACACCCCUGUUUUAAAAAUCUUAAAACAGUUAUUUAUACUGUAUUAUUUCUUCCUGGCCACCUAUUUACAUGAAAUCUAUAUCACUUCAGCCUUUAACACGGAAAACUUUCUUUAUAUUGGGUGAACUUUUGCUGCAUGGUACUGAAUAUUAAAAUACCUGUAAGUCUUAAUGUGAUGUCCUGCUUUUUUGCAGUUAUCAAGCUCUGAGUAUAUCUAAAAUGCUAUUACAUCACUAAAACUCUUGCAACUGGAAGUAUUUUCAUAUCAAGUGAUUUUGUAUUCUUUUGUUUUAACUACAAACAUUUUUUUAAGGCGAGAUGACAUGGUAACAAAACCCAGUGGAAUUAAAACACAUAAACAAAACUUUACAAUCCUGUUACAGUAUGUGCAUUUAAUGAAUGUGAACUACUGUCUUAGUAGUUCAUAUCUCUACAAAGGCAGCUAAUUUCUAUUUUUUCAAUGUAUGAUGAUUCAAAUGUUGCACAUACAUUAGACGGCAAAGUUCAGACAUUAAUUAAAUUUUUUGCAACAGGUCAUCAUGCCAAAUAUGCAAACCUAGCUUUCAGGAACAGCUUUGCAGCUCUGUGGUUUGUUUAUCUGACCCUUUAAAAUGAAAGAAAACCAUGUUCCUCUUACUAAUCGUUUUCUAUAAAAUAUAGAAAGGAAAAAGGAGACUAUAAAACGAUGUGAGGUGUGUAGAUGUGUGCUACUUAUUUAAAACAAAAUGUUACCAAGCUCAAUUCCAUUGUCCUUACUGUAUUUUUCUGUGUGGAAGCUAAAGUCUUUGUACCUUUGCAUUAAUAUUUGUUUAUUGAAUUGAAUAAAAAAUGUACAA